AUGUCUGCGUACGAAAAUAAGGGUCGUUCGGCUUCUUUCACACCACAACGACCAGCGCCACGUUACACAUACCAUCAUAUAUUUAGCGAUGUUUGCAAGACCCGCUUCAACCAAUAUUCUCGUGGGUUUUUGUUCAAAAUUUCUAUUCUUUUGAUAACGUUAAUGGUAUUUAUAUCGAAGUCUAGUUCACCAUGGACAGAGAUAUUGCUCGAGUACUUCAAAGUGAUCCCCCUAAUGGCAGCGAUGCUACAGGUAGUAAUUACGAGGAAAAACUAUCUACAUGUGGACUAUUUAGGUUACACCAGCUGGAUCAGCACCAUUUACGGACAAUUGCUAUCAAAAAAGUGGGCCAUAUAUACUUUCAUCUAUGGGAUAGCGGCGCGCGAAAUCGCCUAUGUUUUUAAAGGGCUCUUUUUCAGAAAAUUUUGUUGCUAUUCAGAUACCCAAAAUCUUUAUUACAGUAUUUUCUUGUACUACAUUGUACCGAUUGUUUAUUCCGCUCAACACGUAUUAUUGGACCUUGAUAGACUCACUUUCAACUACGGCACUCAGCACCAACAUCCACAAAAGUACAUGGCAUCGAAAGCUUUGGAUUCAUUUUUGAAAUCCCUUGUUCUAGCUGGAAUAACGUCCAUCAUAACCCCAAUUUUGUUUAAAUUUAAUUUCGGAACGUUUACUGCCGGGUUUUUCUUUCAUUUGAAGACUUCUAGUCUCGCGUUUGUAAUCCUUCAAAUCUACGACUUUACUAAUAUUGGAUUCGAUGCAUAUUUAUCAAUUGGAUGCUUGCAUAAAGGUAAUCCAAUCUCAUCGCUAUCAUCCACACCAAUUGAAACUUUGCUCACAGGCUUAAGAUCCGAGAAAAAAAUCGUUAAACUAACGUCGUUCCAAGAAUUGGCAUACAGAGCAACUCAUCCAAAAACUGAAUUGAGAAAACCAAUAUACUACUCUUCUGAUAAGAACGAUAUAUUAUGGCCUUGUAUCCUAAUGGAAUGCACACUGGUGAUCCAGGAGACCAAUAAUAACGUCUCGGACUUCUUAGUGUCAUUAAAAAAUGAGGUUGAUCCAAAACCACCAAAACAGCCCAUGUCAACAACAAACUCUUCUUCUGAUUAUCUUUUCGGUACUAAUCAUACCAUCAGAACUCAAAGCGACGAUGGAUCAUCAAGAUUACCAGGUGCUCCACCAUCAGAACAUAGAUUUGCGGACCCUCCAUCGACAUCAUCGCAUAGAAUUGUAUUAGAAGAUGCAAAUGUAUUCAAAAACCACUCUCAAAAAGAUUUCAAUACACCAAGAUUCACAGAAGCUUAUAAACAAUCAAUCUUUAACAGACAACCGACGAUAUUUUCUCUAUUGAAUGAAUUGUGGAAUUACCUGGUGAAGAAGGUAACUCAAUAUCUUUUCACAAUUGACUCAGGUGAUUCAAACAAAAAAAAGCUCUCGUUAUUCGAGCUUUACCACAUUUCUAAGCUUAGGGAAUCGGAAAAAUUAUGUCCUGUACCUGUCUGCUACGCGGAAUGUGUAAACGCUUUGAUGGGCUUAUUAGUCAACUCUCUCGAUGAGAAUCCAAAGGGUGCCGUUGUAUCAUCGGUUGGAGAUGUUUUGAAACUACUAGAAAGAUCAAUCGGUGUGCUUGGCUCAUUUGCGGAAUUAGAGUUAGAUGGCAAGAAAGACAAGAAUCCAGAUGAUAUCAUAAGCAUAUUAUACGACCAAUGCAUCAAUGCCUUUUUGGCGAUAGUGUUAAAAUAUGAUACCCUUCUCAAUGAUGUUUACUUAGAUGAGGAUGUUGUAAAGCUAACACAAUGGCUACUAAGACUUUCCCAAGAUCUUUGA